UUGUGUAUGUAUUGAUUAUUGAGAAAUGAGAAUGGGGAUGAAAUUGUUGACUCUCUUGUGCUUGUUGCUAUUGAGGAUUGGAGGUUCAGAAUGUAGAGGUAAAAAGCACUCUCGGGGUGCUGAUUUCUUAAAUGUGGAGAACUAUGGUGCAAAAGGUGAUGAUUUCUUAGAUGUGAAGAACAAUAAUGAGAAGAAUGGUGAUUUCUUCAAUGUGAUGAACUAUGGUGCAAAGGGUGAUGGGAGAACAGAUGAUAGUAAGGCCUUGAUGGAUACAUGGAAAGCAGCAUGUGGGUUCAAAGGCUCAGUUAGGUACUAUAUACCUCCUGGCAAUUAUAUAGUGGGCCCUUUAAACUUUAAUGGACCAUGCAAGGGUGUGACAACCAUGAAUUUCAUGAUUAAGGGCACCUUAAAAGCCUCUACAGACUUGAGCAAGUAUGGACCCACUGACUCAUGGGUCAUGUUUGGAUGGCUUACUGGGCUCAAGCUCACUGGCUAUGGCACCUUUGAUGGCCAAGGCGCGGCUUCAUGGCCACUAAAUAACUGCCCAAAGAACAAGAAUUGCAAAGUUCUCCCUGCUUCCAUUAAAUUUGUUGCUACAGAUUAUACAGAAGUUCAGGCGAUAACUUCUUUGAAUAGCAAGUUUUUCCACAUAGUUCUUCUGGACUGUAAGAAUUUUAAGGCUACCAACCUACAAAUCACAGCACCAGCAACUAGCCCAAAUACAGAUGGAAUCCACAUCGAACGUUCCACUGAUGUCUCGAUCUCCAAUUCCAAGAUCGGAACAGGAGACGAUUGUAUCUCAAUUGGCCAUGGAAACACUAGAGUAUUUAUCAAUGGCGUCACCUGUGGACCAGGCCAUGGAAUCAGUGUUGGGAGCCUUGGGAGGUAUCCUAAUGAAGGGGACGUGAUGGGACUGAGUGUGACUGGAUGCGUCCUUACGGGCACAGCCAACGGUUUGAGGAUCAAGACAUGGCAAGAUUCACCAGACACUAGUGUUGCUACAAAUAUGACUUUUGAAAAUAUAGUCAUGUACAAUGUAGCAAACCCCAUCAUCAUAGACCAGAAUUACUGUCCCUACACCUACUGUACAGCUCGGGCACCUUCUCGAGUGAAGAUCAGUGAUGUUUCCUUCAAGAACAUACGCGGGACUUCCGCUACUGAGACCGCAGUUACUCUUCACUGUAGCAAUGGACUCCCUUGCCAAAAUGUACGACUACAAGACGUGCAAUUGAACUACUAUGGACCAGGAAAGCGUGCUAAGGCCACUUGUAUGAAUGUCAAGGCUAGCUAUAGUGGAACUCAGAUCCCACCCCCUUGUUAAUCAAGGAUUAGGGUUUUAGUUACUACAAAGUCCUUGGAAGCUAGGACAUGUAAGAUGUGUUUUUGGUCCUUGGUUUCAAAAGGUUUAUGUUUAUACUUAGGGCACGUUUGUUUUGCAGUUAAGUCUUGGUUCUGAAAGAAAUCUUUCUGGAACGUUUGUCUUCCUGCAAACAAACGCGCCGUAGUGAUUGUUUUUAUAAUGAACAUGGAGUUAACAACUACUGUGGAGAGAGAUGUUUAUGUAAAAAUAGCAUGUCAUCCUCUUCCCAUGCUUCAUCAAAGUAUCGACGAAAUUGAAAUUUAAAUAAUUUCAUUGGAUAUGUUAUUUAA